GUCUUCUGACGUCAGUCUGACCAGUGGCCCGGGACGGAACUCCUCCUGGUUAUUGCUCGUCACCACCUCUCUCAUCUGCAGGAAACCGUUGCUGCUUGAACAUUGGGAGGGCCUUCAUCUGUUGACAGGGCUUUGUGUUUGCAAGAGAUCCAGACAUCAACAGUCAAAGGAGAGCGGUUGUUGUUGUUGUUGUUGUUGGCAAGCCGCUGAGCUGGUCCUAUUCAGAUUGAAUCUAGUCUUCUUGCAGCAUGGUUGCGAUGCAGACUGCAUUUUAGAGACCCGCUGUAAAGGUUCACCAUCAACCCGUUUCCUUUACCCAAGGUCCAGCUCCGGAAAGCACCAAAUGUAUCCUCUGAAGCGUUCUCAGACAGAGCGCUCGGUCGGGGGCUCAGUGCCGGCUUCUGAUGAGUUCUAUACCCGCCGCCUGCGACUGCCCAAUGGAGGGGCGCCACCGCCACGCAGUGAGAGCGCCCACAUCUCCUCUUCAACCACCGCCGGCUCCAACCCUGGCGUCCCAAAGAUGGGGGUUCGGGCUCGUGUGGCUGAUUGGCCCCCGAGAAAGGACGGCGGCGGAGGAGGAGGAGGAGGAGGAGGAGGAGGCGGCGGCGGCGGCGGUGUUUGGCACAUAACUGUGGAAACGGACUCCCCCAGCUCUACCAACACCACCAGCUCUUCAGGGUCAGGGAGUGGUGAUAGAGAAAGACUUGUCGGAGGGGGACCAGGUGGAGGAGGAAGUAGCGGGAGUGGUAGUGGGAGUGGUGGCAGUGGAGGAGGAGGAGGAGGAGGAGGAGGGGGGGUGUCGGCCGUCACAGCCCACAGCAAUCUGUCAGCCAAGCUCGGCCACCUGAUAAGCCCGCAGGACUCGUCCAUGCUGCGCAACAUCCACAACACUCUCAAGAACAAGAUGCAGAGCAAGGGCAAGGACAACCGCUUCCUGUCACCCGAUGGCUAUCUGGGCUCGCCGCGUAAAGGCAUGAGGCGCAUCCGCCAGCGCAGUAACAGUGACAUAACGAUCAGUGAGCUGGAUGUGGACGGCAAUGAGGGCUGGUCCUUCUCCGGGUGGACACCCAUGCACCGCGAGUACGGCAGCACCUCGUCCAUAGAUAAGCACGGUGUUUCGGGGGAGAGCUUCUUCGACAUGCUGAAAGGGUACCAGUCCUCUGAGGCCCCCGACCAGCGAAGCCCAGCUCCGGAGAAGCUAACGGAGCUGCUCACCGUGGCCCCGACGAAGCAGGCCGCCCUGGACCUGCCGGACGGACCUUCAGGUCCAGCCAGAGGGAGCCCCGCCAGUCGGCUGAAGGAGCGAGAGAAGCACUUGAAGAGGAGGUCAAAGUCAGAGACGGGCGGCGAGUCGAUAUUCCGCAAGCUGCGCAGUGUGAAGGUGGAGGGGGACACAUCGAGAGCCGGCUCAGAUGCUGAGGAUGGGGGGAAGGGAGAUGACAGUGGUCCACCUCCCAAACCCUGGGCGUGUCAAAAAGGCUUUGCCCAUUUCGAUGUCCAGUCUCUGCUCUUCGACCUCAAUGAGGUAAUCCAUAGUCGCCAAUCCGGGUCCAAGCGCAAGAACACCACUACCGGGGCCUCGGCGGCCGCUGCCGCCUCUGCUUCGGCCACGUCCUCCCUCUCCUCAAAUCAGAGCGGGGUGUACGGGUCACCCUGUGGCUCACAGGAGGAGCUGAGCAAAGAGGGCGUAGGAGGAGGACACGGCACCAACCCGGCCCUGGACCCCGGGGACGACAAGAGCAACAACCUGGUGCUCAGCUGCCCUUGUUUCAGAAAUGAGAUCGGCGGAGAGGGCGAAAGGAACAUCGCUUCUGCUAAACAGCCGGGCAGCAUAGGAAGUGGUGGGAGCUCAAGCAACUCUUCGGGCAGUACAGAGGAAGGACCUUUGGAUGCCAUCCUCACUAAUCAUUUUACCAACGCUGGUGUGGCAGUGCUUGAAGUCACCAAGGACGGGCCGAGCCAACAUGCUGACAGGUCCAAACGUUACAUCGUGGAACACGUUGACCUGGGCACCUAUUACUACCGAAAGUACUUCUACCUCAGAGAACACUGGAACUAUCUGGGCGUGGACGAGAACCUGGGCCCAGUGGCAGUGAGUCUGAGGAGGGAGAAAUUGGACGAACAUAAGGAGCAUGGCCAGCAGUAUAACUACAGGGUCAUCUUCAGAACCAGUGAGCUGAACACCCUGAGGGGCUCCAUCCUGGAAGACGCAGUGCCGUCCACUUCGAAGCACGGUCUCGCUCGAGGCUUGCCCCUCAAAGAGGUGCUGGAGUUCCUGGUGCCGGAGCUCAACGUGCACUGCCUCCGCCUGGCGCUCAACACACCAAAGGUCACUGAGCAGCUAAUGAAGCUGGACGAGCAGGGGUUGAGCUUCCAGCGGAAAGUUGGGGUGAUGUACUGCAUGGCGGGUCAGAGCAGCGAGGAGGAGAUGUACAACAAUGAGUCGGCUGGUCCUGCCCUGGAGGAGUUCCUGCAUCUGCUGGGCGAGAGGGUCCGACUCAAAGGCUUCACCAAGUACCGGGCCCAGCUCGACGCCAAAACUGACUCGACGGGCACCCACUCCAUGUACACCACCUACAAGGACUAUGAGAUCAUGUUCCACGUGUCUACCAUGCUACCGUACACGCCCAACAAUAAGCAACAGUUACUGCGGAAGCGUCACAUCGGGAAUGAUAUCGUCACGAUCGUAUUCCAGGAGCCCGGGGCCCUCCCCUUCACCCCCAAAAACAUCCGCUCGCACUUCCAGCACGUCUUUGUGGUUGUGCGUGCUCACAAUCCAUGUUCAGACAACAGCUCCUACAGUGUGGCUGUCACCCGCUCCAAAGACGUCCCCUCCUUCGGGCCUCCCAUCCCAGAAGGCGUGACCUUCCCAAAGUCCUCCGUGUUCCGGGACUUCCUGCUCGCCAAGGUCAUCAACGCAGAAAACGCCGCGCACAAGUCAAACAAGUUCCGCGCCAUGGCGACGCGGACGCGCCAGGAGUACCUGCGCGACCUGGCGGAGCGCCACACCACCAGCACCCCCAUCGACCCCUCCGGAAAGUUCCCCUUCAUCUCGCUGGCCCACAAGAAAAAGGAGAAGAGCCUCUCGUACGGAGGGGCGGAGCUGCGCAGCCCCGGGGCGGUGACCUGGACGGUCCACGUCGAGGACCACGGGACCGGGGGGGAACUGGAGGCCCUGAUGGCCAUCUCCAAUGACUUCCUCAUCCUGCUGGACCAGGAGGCCAAGGCGGUGGUGUUUAACUGUGCCACCAAGGACGUGAUCGGCUGGACGCUGAGCAGCCCGGCGUCUUUGCGGAUUUUCUACGAGCGGGGAGAAAGUGCGUCCCUGAGGAGCGUCGGCAAUAACACGGAGGACUUCAAGGAGGUGGUCAAGCGCCUGGAGUUCCUGACUAAGGGCUGCGAGACAUCCGAGAUGACGCUCCGUCGGAAUGGCCUGGGGCAACUGGGUUUCCACGUGAACUACGAGGGCAUCGUGGCUGAGGUGGAGCCAUAUGGUUACGCCUGGCAGGCAGGCCUGCGACAGGGAAGCAGAUUGGUCGAAAUCUGCAAAGUUGCUGUGGCAACGCUGACCCACGAGCAGAUGAUUGACCUCCUGCGGACCUCAGUGACGGUCCGUGUCGUAAUCAUUCCACCUCACGAUGAUGCCACUCCUCGCAGAGGCUGUUCAGAGCUCUAUCGGAUGCCUGUGUCAGAUUACAAGGGCAGCAGCAGCGAUAGCGGCUCCUUCGAAUACAAGUUUCCCUUCCGCAGUAACAACAACAAGUGGCAGAGGACGUCCAGCAGCCCCCAGCAGUCACUCACUGCCUCGCCACAGCCCCACCAGCCCAACCGGGCCAUCAGUCUGGGAAGCUCGGUGGGGAAAACCUUGUCCGCUGAGCGGCUGGAGCGGGGAGCCGUCAUCCCACGCAGCGUCAGCAGUGAUGGCCGGCCCCUCGACACCAAGCGGAUGUCUCCGGGCAGUGAGAGCUAUAGCCUGGCCUCCUCGAUGGCGCUGGGUCGCUCUCCUCACAACCGCAGCUCUCCCAGCAAUCUCUCUUGUUCCAGCGACGCCUCCGGAAGCUCCGCCCACUGGAGACAGAAGUCCAUGCCUGAGCAGUUUGUUGGGAGCCGGCACUCUCCAAUGUCUACAGAGAGAAGAGAGGUGGCUGGAGAGGGCGGUUCCAGUGGAAAGUCCACUCCCAAUUGGUCGAGAAUGGAGGAAGGGGGAGGGGCUGAACGAGGGUCAACAGAGGCCCCAGUCUCCAAGUCCGGUCAAGGCUACUCUGGAGGUCCCCGCAUCCAGAGACAGGAGCAGGUCAUCCACCUGUCCCCGAAGAAGAGCAGCCAGUCGGACGGCCCGUAUUCCGGCCACUCCAGCAGUAACACGCUGUCCAGCACAGCUUCCAGCGGGGGCCACAGCGACAGCGACAAGUGGUACGAAAUGGGAGCGGGCGGAGGCUCUAGCGGCGACCAGGGUGAGCCGGAGCCCAACGGACUGGGCGGGGGAGGCUACCUGCAGGGGACGUCUGCCGACAGCGGCAUCGACACCAGCUCCUACGGGGCCUCGCACCACACGCACCCCCACUCGCACCACGGCAGCACCACCUCCCUGCUGGCGCCGAGCGGAGGCAGGGAGAGCAGGGAGAGCAGAGAGAGCAGGGAGAGGUUGGCGUCCCCGUGGCACAGCCCCACGGAGGGAGGCCGGCGGAUGCUGGAGAGGUCGCCGGCUGCGGCAGAGUCCCCGGGGCCUCCGGCGGAGAGGAGCCUGGAGGGGACGGGCCGAAGCCCCCCUACUCAUCUCCUGGUUAGAGACAGCAGCACCUACAGUCUGAGCGAGGCUGGAUCACACUCCAGUGCCAGGCAUUCAGGCCACAGCUCCCCGAGAGAGGAAUCCUCCUCUUCAGCCACUUCCCCUUCCUCCCAGUCCUCAUCCUCCCCUGGGCCCAAGAGCUUCUACCCCCGCCAAGGAGCUCAGUCCAAGUACCUGAUUGGCUGGAGGAAACCCGGUUCCACCAUCAAUUCUGUUGACUUCGGGGACACACGCAAGAAGUCUCCGGGAGAGGGUGGAGGGGAAGUUGCUCCAACCCCGGCAGCCAGGCCCUCUCUCCGGGACAUGCACUCGCCGCAGCCUCAUGCCAAAUCUACCAUGGAGGAAGAUGUGAAGAGGCACUGCGCCCCGGACAGCCCACCACAGCCGCGCAGACAUAAGGAAAAGCACGGCCAGAAAUCCCCAUCGAGCCAGCCUCUCAGCCACCGGCGCUCACUCCAUCGCACCCUAUCGGACGAGAGCAUCUACCGUGGCCAACGCCUCCCGACCCUGUGUUCCUCAAUUACCGAACCGACCCUCGCCGCAGAUGUUCUCUUCAGCUGCUCCACCCUCCCACGCUCGCCCACCACCCGGGGUGUUCCCCUCAGACGGCCCUCCUAUAAGCUGGGAGUCAAACUCCACGGUGACCUUUCGGCAUCCGACACAUCGUUGGUGGAUUUGGUGGAGCGUCAUCGGGGACCCCUCCCUCAGGAGCUGAUGCCCCUCCCCUCUCAAGACAGAGACAGUCCCCUGGAGUGGACACAUCUGGUGGAUGUGGCCAAUACCUUUGAGACUGAAAGGAACACACACUAUGUCCAAAGAAGUUAUGUGUUCGGCGAUUCAAACCACAGAAGCAGCGGGGCGUCCAGUCCCCAACAGCCACACAUAGAGCUGCAGCCUGCGCCCCUGUCACGGCCCUCCUCCAGCGAGGGUCACAUAGGGCUGGAGAGGAAGGUCACCAAGCUGGAGGCCAUGGUGAAGAUGCUGCAGGAGGACCUGAAGAAGGAGCGUGAAGACAAGGUGAGACUUCAGGGUCAGAUCAAGAGGCUGUGGGACGACAACCAGAGACUCAAGGAGGAGUCGCAGACGUCCGCCGCUAAGCUCAAGAAGUUCACCGAGUGGGUCUUCAACACCAUCGACAUGAACUAACUACGGCCUGGUCAUUUCAACUCUCGCACGUACACACACACACACACGCACACACACUCGCUUACAUCAGCGCGCACACAGUCUGGACGGAGGGGCAGAGGGGGAAGAAACCGUGCACAAGGAAACGUGAGACUCCCAAUCAGCCUGGUGCUGCUAAACCCUCCGACCAUCUACCUUCUCAGGACGAGACUCUAGGAGAAUGGGUGUUGUUUAUCAAAUUACAAAGGACUGACCUCCACUCUCCAAUAGCACCGCCGUGCUGAAUUGAUCUUUCUUUCGUCUCGCUGUGCCAAAAGCGUUUUUUUUCCCCCCCCAAAAUUGCCAACAGAAAUGAAUCUCUUCGCCCUCCGUUCUCUCUCUGGAAAAGUCCGCUUUGCCUCGACGUGAACACAAAAUAUCACCAGACCACCCCCCCCUGCCAUGCCAGGCCUUCUCAGUGGAUGUGCUUCACUUUAGGGGCAACCCGCAGUUCAUACCCGGCCUUUACCUCUCUGUCCCUUUUUUUUGUGUUUUUGCUCAGCUUCCCCUAAAAGGUGUCAUGAGUCUUUAACGCCAAACCUAACCCGCCCCAGCAGAGGGUAGACGACUGCCCAGUGACUUAAGAGAAGACGUCUCCGAAAUGGCACGCAAAGACGUGACUGCGACAAAAGCUGCCGGUCCGGCCAGGCGAUCCACGACGGAUCUGAAGCCUCAAGACCGAACAGAAGAUGUUUUCGUCCCCUUCACGUGUGAGUGGAGUGUAAACAAAUUGUGGUGUUUCCUGUCCUCAAAUCCGCAACUGUGGCCGUCUACAGCCCGCUGACAUGGAAGCAGCUUGACGCCAGUCUGAACGGGAUGAGAAAAAUGGAUUUGUACAGGUUUUAUUAUAUUUUUCUCUCCUCCGUGUCACUUAUAUCUGGAUCUGGAGCAUCCUGCUGCUGGUCUCUACAGCACAAACCAACACCUGGCAGAGGAGUAUAUUUAUAAGCCAUCGGCAAGAGAUGCCAUUGAACGUGACUGAUAUCCAGAGUGCUUUGGUCCAUCCCAAUUAUAUGUGUCUUAAAAAACGGUAGGAAGAAGUCAUGUCUCUCUCAACAAAAAAAAGCGAAAGUUUGCUCUCGGGAAGAUGUUUUUAAGGUCACGCAGAAAAGACGCCGGUCUCUUAUCUUCCAUUGAAGCAGUGAGCACCGUGCGUUGAGGAAAAAGGAAAGAGGACUCCACUCGCAUCCCACUGUCUGCAAUGACAGAGACAUUUUUUGGGGGAGGGAAAAGUAAGAAGGGACCUUUCCCCCCCCCCCCAGGUUAAUUUAUUUCCUUGUAUUAUAAUUCCAAUAAAUAAUUUGUUCUAUUCGUACAAUAAAACUGACAUCAGUGUUUAGUUCCUCAAGAAAAUGGUCACUAGCGAUAUUAUUUAAAUGGCUUUCUUUCUUAAUUCUGGCUAUAGUCGGACUAUAUGCUUUUAAUUCUGUGUUAUGUUGUAUUUUGUAGUGCUCCAGCCUGCUGUCGUGUUGCUUACAGUGCCCUCUAGUGAUGCCCAGUGGAAAUGUCAUGAUUAUUAAAUGUGCUGCCAGUCACCCUGUAAAUAAUCCCACGCCGAUCCAACAAUCAAUCAGUCAGACACGGACCGAGAGGCCACGCGUACACCAAUCAGGAAGGAAACCAGAAACCUGCUUUGGGUGACAAUCAAAGGUAGAUUUUUUUGGGGGGGUGGGGGGAUAAAAGGGGCAGAACCACGGUGUGCUUGUAUGUAAGCGGGUGUGUUUUACAUUUCAACAUGUACAGAUUUUCCUCAGGUCCAGUACAUGUUGGGGAAAAUAAAAACGACGUACCUGAUUAGAUAAUAAGCCGUUGAUCAGAAGGAGCUGCAGUACCGUUGUAUCAUUGUUUGAAUGUUCAUCGGUGUAUUCAGUCGUGCCUAUAGUCAUUUAUUUAGGUCAUUUCCUCCCAGGCAGAGCAGGGACGUGCCUUUGAAACAGCACCUGGGGAACGGAUGGAAGGGAAAGGCUUCUUCUUCAUCCUGAAAAAUAAACACGCAUGGUUAUACACACACACACACACACACACGUUAGUUUUAAAUACUCAUAGUUGUAGACCUCGUAAAAGUUUGCACGUGGGGGGGGGGAUCUGACACAGCGCCGAGUAGUGUAUGGCGACGUGUGUGUGUUUGUGCGCCUUUUGCAUUCAGUUGCAUGCAGUGUGUCUUUCAGGGCCCCUGUGAUAAGAGCGUAUCAGAAAAAAAUAUUCCCUGAAACCCAUAAAAGCUACUUGCCACCCAAGCAGAAGCCACGAAGCUAUUUGGGGUCAUUUCAGGUCGCUUAACUUGAGCACGCACGUUGAAACUCUCGUUCACAUGCUUGCUGUAAGCCUUAAUUCCGUUCCCCUUCCAAUGAAAGAGAUGUUUGCAUCAUGAAUCUGCAAUUAAAACCCCUGCAGAAAAAAGCACAAGCAGCCCCCGGUCUGAAUGUAGAGAGAAUAUAGAAAAGGCUGAAGGUAAAAUGUUUACUAUAACGGACACUCGGCUCUGCAGUUUUGCAGGGAGAUCGGUGAAGUCUUAACAAUUUACGUGAACGGUUCUGUUUUAAGAAUCUCUUGGAUUAGAAUACACUAAAGUCAAGCGCUUAAAUGUUGCCCUUGAUGAUUUGAUUGGGUGGUUUUAACAAGUUGGCCAGUUGCGUAAAGCAGUGUAAUAGUCAUCCAAUAAUGUGAAAUCCUCAAAAUGAUACAGAAAAUAUAACUUGUAUUGGCAGAAGUGUUUCUAAAUCCAGGUUUUGACUGUAAAUUGUUCUGAGCACUGGUUUCCUUACCGAAACUACAGUAUGUCGAUGCUUCAAUAAUAACUGAUAGAUAAUGUUUCGUAUUUUAUUGUACAUGGAAAGUGCUCUAGUUUUUUGUAUUCCAAAUGAAGUAUGGCCAAAAUGACAAACUGUGCUGUGCAGAUGUUUUUGCUCGCAUCUUUAAACGUGUGCAUCUAGAUUAGAUUAGUUACACACUUUAUUCAAACACACACACACACACACACACACACUAGUUACUCCAGUGUCAACGAUAGAUUAUUUUACAGUGCGUAUAUUUUGGAUUCUUUCCUCCGCUUUGUUUUUGGUGCUUUUCUGAGGCAUAUGGGAAAAUGUGAAUGUUCUGUUUCAUUUUGUAAUCUCUUUUAUUCUAAAGAACCCUUUGCACAAUGUUUUAUAAAAAUCCUUGUGUCGACAGGGUUUGGAUAAGAAGGGUGAAUCGAUCCGUUCCUGUGCCGUCGUGUCUUGAUGUCACUCUGUUGUUUUCCUGCCGAUGCAGUUUCCUGACAAAGAGCGAAGAAGUGAGACUCUAUUCAGAACCCCUUCUUUUAUUUGCCCUCAUGCAUCACUGAACAGACCAGAGUGGGCUGCGUGUCGUUGUGGGGGGGUUCACAAAGCUCAGAGUUGACGGCUUACAUCGCUGUGUCGGGAUCCAUUUGGUUUCCCCCUGUUGGGAGAAUAAACCAAACAUUAAAAGGGAUCAGACGAAGCACGCUAAUUCAAGAGGACCAUUCGUUAUACAGAGUUGAAAAUACUGUUUACAUCUCGGAUCCAUUGUCUUUGUAAAAUGUAAAGGUAUGAAAAAGACAUUUGCAGUGAUCACAGUAUUAAAAGUUUCUGAAAUAAAUAAAUGCCGUAUUGAUUCGUG